GGCUUACUGGGCGACACCAUGGCGGAGCACCGCCGCCGUCCGCUUUCUUGACUCCGGCAUCGAACCCGCACCUUCAUGUCCGACGGAGCCAGAGCUGCCUGGUCGAAGAGGGGCUGUGGGGAUUCGCACCGCCGAGAACCAGGGAAACAUAAACACAGGAAAUGCGAGCGGCCCCUUAGCGCUCAGCCAUCGAAGCCUGUGAUCGUACGCCCGGGCUCCAAAAGGUGUGUGAUGUCGGGGGCGGAUGUGGAGGUGUACCUGUCCCAGGUGCACGAUGGGAGCGUGUCGUCGGGCUUCCGGGCGCUGUACGAGGAGCGUCUGCUGCUGGACGUCACGCUGUUGAUAGAGGAGCACCACUUCCAGGCCCAUAAGGCGCUCCUGGCCACGCAGAGCGACUACUUCCGUGUCAUGUUCACAGCAGACAUGAGGGAGCGGGAUCAGGAUAAGAUCCACAUGAAGGGACUGACGGCGGCGGGGUUCGGACACAUUCUCAGAUUCAUGUACUACGGAUCGCUGGAGCUCAGCAUGCCGACCGUCCAGGAGAUCCUGCAGGCGGCGAUGUACGUCCAGCUGACGGAGGCGGUGGAGUUCUGCUGCUCCUUCCUGUUGGCUAAGAUCUGCUUGGAGAACUGUGCCGAGGUGAUGCGUCUCCUGGAGGACUUCAGCGUCGGCGUCGAGGGCGUCCAGGAGCAGCUCGACAACUUCCUGCUCGAUAACUUCGUCCCGCUCAUGAGCCGACCCGACUUCCUGUCCUACCUCAGCCUCGAGAGACUGCAGGCGUACCUAAACAGCGACGCUCUGAGUCGCUUCCCGGAGAUCGAGCUGUACGAAGCCGUGCAGUCUUGGCUGCGACACGACCGACGGCGCUGGAGACACACAGACACCAUCGUCCAGUCCAUCCGCUUCUGCCUCAUGACGCCCGCCAACAUCUUUGAGAAGGUGAAGACCUCAGAGUUUUACCGCUACUCCCGGCAGCUGCGGCAGGAAGUGGACCAGGCGCUCAGCUACUUCCAUGAUGUCAACCAGCAGCCUUUGGUGGAGACGCGCUCCAACCGCAUCCGCUCCGUCCGGCCGCAGACGGCCGUGUUCAGAGGCAUGAUCGGCCACAGCAUGGUCAACAGCAAGAUCCUGCUGCUGCAGCGGCCCAAGGUGUGGUGGGAGCUGGAGGGUCCUCAGGUGCCGCUGAGGCCGGACUGCCUCGCCAUCAUCAACAACUUUGCCUUCCUGCUCGGCGGAGAGGAGCUGGGGCCCGACGGGGAGUUUCACGCCUCCUCCAAAGUCUACCGCUACGACCCUCGGCAGAACUCGUGGCUACGCAUGGCCGACAUGUCUGUGCCCAGGUCGGAGUUCGCCGUGGGCGUCAUCGGUAAGUUCAUCUACGCCGUGGCGGGACGCACGAGAGACGAGACCUUCUACUCCACGGAGCGCUACGACAUCACAGAGGACCGCUGGGAGUUCGUGGACCCGUAUCCCGUCAACAAGUACGGCCACGAGGGGACGGUCCUCAACGGCAAACUGUACAUCACCGGCGGCAUCACCUCCUCCUCCACCUCCAAACAGGUGUGUGUGUUUGAUCCGGGGCGGGAAUCAGGAGGAGGAGGAGGUGGUGGUGGAGGAGGUGGUGGUGGUGGGAGUGGAGGAGGAGGAGGAGGAGGUGGAGGAGGAGGUGGAGGGAGUUCGGGCGCGUCGGACGCACACAGGACACGCGCCGGCCGCGGCCCCCUGCUGCCCGGCACUCACGCCAGCUGCUGGGAGAACAAAUCCAAAAUGAACUACGCCCGCUGCUUCCACAAGAUGAUCUCUCACAACGGGAAGCUGUACGUUUUCGGAGGGGUGUGCGUGAUCCUGCGGGCGUCCUUCGAGUCGCAGGGCUGCCCGUCCACCGAGGUGUACGACCCCGACACGGACGAGUGGACCAUCCUCGCCUCCAUGCCGAUCGGACGCAGCGGACACGGCGUGGCGGUGCUGGACAGACAGAUCAUGGUGCUGGGCGGCCUCUGUUACAACGGCCACUACAGUGACUCCAUCCUCACGUUCGACCCCGACGAAAACAAGUGGAAGGAGGACGAGUAUCCCAGGAUGCCUUGCAAACUGGACGGUCUGCAGGUGUGUAGUCUGCACUUCCCAGAGUAUGUGCUGGAGCACGUGAGACGCUGCAGCUGAGGUCUGCUCCACACCCCCGAGCCUCAUUUUUAUUUUAUAAAAACUGG